ACACACAUGCGCGCGCACACACACACACACACACACACAUGCGCGCACACAAAGAGAAAAAUAUUUAAGUUGUGAUCUUCUAGAAGAGAGAGAUGAAGGAGGACAGAAUGAAAGACUAUGAGAGCCUGGAUCAUUUAUCAGACCCCACUAAUAAAACCCACUUUUGGCAGAGCUGUACAUGGUAUAAUGAAAUGUCCAUACCACUGAGUCUGCUGCCAUCUGUGUGUAUUAUAGUCCUGCUGUCGUGUGUGGAGCGCAGGAGGAAGCUGUAUGACUGGGAGAGGAGAAUACCGUGUCUGAGUGGACGAAUGGGAUUCAUUGUACCGCUGGACUUCACUGGGAAGAUGCAGAACCGCUGGUCUUACGCGUUUGCCUUUGGUGCCGUGACUCCGUUCGCCCUAAACCUGAUCAUCGUCAGCAAGACGCACCUGAACCUGCCGCCAUAUUUAAAAAUGUUGGAGGUUCUGAUCAUGUUGCUGAUUGUGAGUAUCACCUGCAUGCCGUUAUUCGCCUGCCUCUCUACACCACAGCGGCUGCUCGGAGGAGUCUUGGGGCUGCUCUUUUCUUUCUCCUGGUUUAUUCUACAGCUGUGGUUCUUCAUCAGCUGUAGCGUACCUGCAUUUGAUUCAACUGAUUAUUCAGAAGACGAGCCGUGGGACAAUCGGCGUGUGCUGGUGUAUCAAGUACCACAGAUACUGUGCUUGGGAUUCCUGGUGUGUCGCUUUGGAUCCAUCAUAGUUAAAGGCGUGCAGAAACGGCUGAGGAAUCACACUCAGGAGGAUGAAGUGAAGAAGCACGAGUACAAACAUGUACAGUGUUUAUUGACAAAGCCUGCUGAAAGGUCUGUGCAGAAGAGCUGGUUCCAGAGAAAAGUUUAUGAAUGGGAUCCGUAUUUUAAAUUCCCAAACAGGAUCAUCGCCACCGUCGUGCUCUCUGUCUAUGGAGUGUACAUGAUAUUAACAAUUGAGCAGAUUAUUUUCUGGUGGUUGUCAGCAUUCGUUGAAGCAUUUGCACUUCGCAUGUCCUUCAACAUACACCUGAACUACAUCUUAUGCUCCUGGUAUAUCUCAGCAGCAUGUGCCACGAUCUCAUCUUUCUUUCACAUCAGUCAGGUUUUGCUGUCUUACAGGAAACACAUGAAAUUACUACGAGCUGGAAAAAAACUAUUCUUGCCAAAGAAAUACAAGCUGAAUCCUGCUCAAGGAGUGAUGGGGCUUUUGAAGUAUCCUGGCUAUCAGAUCGCCUUCUCCCUGUGGGGUUAUGUGAUCGUUCACAUGGCAAUGUUCAUGAUCGUCCUGAUGUUCGUGUAUCUGGUUAUUUUACCCAUACAGGAAAACAGCUUUCUUGAAUGGCUGUCAUGGAUGGCCAUCAGUCUAUCGAAUAUUUUCAUCCUGCUGGCUCUGAUGGGGCUACAGCGCCUGCUAGGGCAUUUCUUUUUCAUGCAAGACAAACAGUCAGAAAACGAUGAAGUAAAGCCACUAGCACUCAACAACAGGAAGGCCUUCCAUAACUUCAACUACUUCUUCUUCUUUAUAAACAUGAUGAUGGGUAUGAUGAGCUGUGUGCUUCGCAUAAUAAAAAGUGCUGUCGUGGGUCUGAUGUUGGUGUCACGCAUUGAGCGGACGAUAAUGCCAGAAGGCUUCGAGAGUCUGGACUUGAGUUAUUGUAUGUGGGUGGGAAUGAUCAUGGCAGAUCAUUAUCACACUAAUCCGGUGCUGGUGUGUUUCUGCCACCUGCUGCUCAAACACACUUCAAAGAGUCUCAGAGACGGCCAGUACACGCGCUUAAAUUCAGAACAUCAAGUGAAGGACCGGGUUCACAUUCGCUGGCAUGUGGUGUACACACUCCUGAGGAACCCAAAACUCAUCCUGCUGAGAAAGAAGCACAAGCAAGCGAAUGACAAAGAGGCAGAACUCGCCUACGCCUGGGCCAUCACAAAUACUGUCAGAAAAACAGCACAUGGGUCUGCAGAAAACUUUGGAAACCCUGCUGGAACCUUUGGAAACCCUGCUGGAAACUUUGGAAACCCUGCUGGAACCUUUGGAAACCCUGCUGAAACCUGAGGAAGACCUGCUG